AUGGAUGUCAGACAUGUUGUUGUAGCUGUAUCAGCGGUACUAAUAGUCGGUUCUCUGUGUGGAGGUUAUUUCGUAGGUAGAAAAAUACAUUCGUCUCCUCCAGUCGAUUGCGAAUGGCAAAAUUGGAAUCAAUGGAGUGCAUGUUCUCACGACUGUGGAACAAAUGGAACAAAACAUAGAAAUCGAUCGCAUUUACUACAAGCUAAAGAUGGGGGUAUUGAGUGUGAUGGAAAUAAUCUCGAAGAACGUAGUUGCAAUUUAAAUUGUUUCAAUGGUACCUCAUUGAAUAAUUACUGUAACUGUUUAAAUGGAUUCACUGGUAAGUGCUGUAAUUGUAAAAUACAAGACUGCAGAAUGACCGAGUGGAAUGAUUGGUCAACGUGCUCACACGUAUGUGGUCCUCAUGGAACACAAUUCCGAAUUCGAACGAUAGUACAGGCUCCUGAAUGUGGAGGUAGUGAAUGUACAUCGUCACUGACAGAAGAACAAUCAUGUGGUCGAAAGUGCUUCAACGGUGGUUCAAUCGUAAAUAAUAGCUGCAAGUGUCCAUCUGGAUAUAGCGGGCAAUGCUGUGAGUGUAUUAUAAAACAUUGUGAACUGAGCGAAUGGAGUGAAUGGUCACUGUGUUCGCAAACGUGUGGACCUUCCGGAACACGGUUUAGAAUUCGAGAUAUCCUACAGUCACCAGAGUGUGGUGGAUUGGCAUGUUCAUCUAUCCUUUCAGAGCAACAGCCAUGUAAUCGAACGUGCUACAACGGUGGCAGUUUGAUUGUUUCAGAGAAAAGCUGCAGAUGUUCAGAUGGCUUCACUGGUCAGUGUUGUGAGAUUAGGACACAGGACUGUGCAUUGAUUCCAUGGGGCCAGUGGUCAUCUUGUUCCAAUACGUGUGGUCCACUAGGAAAACGAUUUAGAAUACGUGAAAUGUUAGAUAGGCCGUCUGAAUGCGGACAGACAAUUCUCCCUUCCUUAUUGUCAGAAGACCAGCCGUGUAAUCAAUUUUGUCGGAAUGGAGGAACAAUUAGCGAAAGUCGUUACGAUUGUCCAAUCGGAUACAAUGACACUUGUUGUGAAUGCAAAAUACAAGACUGUGUCUUGAAUGCAUGGAGCGAAUGGUCAACGUGUUCGGAAAGGUGUGGUGCUCUUGGAACGAGAUUCAGAACACGCAAUGUAGAUAAGUUUCAAGAAUGUGGAGGAGCCAAGUGUUCGUUUCCACUAACAGCACAACAACCGUGUAAUAGAAUUUGCAGCAACGGGGGCCGCUUAGUUGAUCAUGAAAACAAUUGCAGUUGUCCAGAUGAGUUCAGAGGUCAGUGUUGUGAUAUUAAGGUACAAGACUGUGCGAUGAGUUCAUGGAACCAGUGGUCAUCUUGCUCACAUAGUUGUAGCCCGCUAGGGAAACAAUUUAGAACACGUGACAUCGACAGGUCGUCGGCUUGUGGUGGGCAGACUAUGUUUCCGUCUUUUUUGUCAGAGGAGCAGUCGUGUAAUACAUUUUGUUUGAAUAGUGGGAAACUUAUCGAAAAUCGUUGCGAUUGUCAAAUUGGAUACAGUGGUACUUGUUGCGAAUGCAAGAUACAAGAUUGUGUCAUGGAUGCUUGGAGCGAAUGGUCAGCGUGUUCUAAAAAAUGCGGACCUCUCGGAAAACAGUUCAGAACACGUAAUGUUAUUGAGGAACACGCCUGUGGUGGAGUCGUCUGCCCCAAUAAGCUUACUGAUCAAACACCCUGCAACCAGUUCUGCAACAACAGCGGAACCAUGAAAUUACAAGAGGACACAUGCAGCUGCCAAGAAGGGUUUAGUGGUGAUUGCAGUCAUAGUGAAUGGAGUGAUUGGUCGUCAUGUAAAAAUGCAACGCUCCAAGUUAGAUCACGUGACGUCAAUAUGUACCCAAAAUGUUCUGGAAAACAAUGUAGUGGGUCGUUAACCGAUGAGCGUUUGUGUGCAGACACACUUAAGUCCAAACUUCUGGUUCCAAAAUGGGGAGUUGGAUCAUUUGGUUUUUAUGCUGUGCUCGUUACCUGUGUGUUG